AAUGGACCUAUCAUCAUCUAUUAUGCAGAAUGCAAAUUGGAUUAUAACUUGAUUCAUUAAUAGGAGUUGUAAGCUAAGUACAAUACCUAGAAACCUAUUGAGAUAAUUAUAUCAACUCAUUGGUUAGGAAUCCAUUAGUUGGUUUACAUAGUAAUCCAAUUUAGUGUUGCAUUAGGUUUUCUAAUUGUUGGUGACUUGGUUUCUAAGAAACAUCUUUAUGGGAGGAUUCUUAGGAACAUGGCCAAUAUAUAUAGGAGUGUUGGUCCCUGCUCUCUCUGUUACAAAGCAUUAAGUCCUGCCCCAUAGAAAGGAGCUUGAAUCCAGAGCUGAGGAGAAGAUCAAUCUGCGUUUGUUGUCAAGUUCGUUAGUGCUACUGCAAUGGCUCCUAAUACUGAAGAAGGAAUCACCUACAUGAAUUUGAACAAUAUCCAGAUGCUUACUGGAUCAAACUUUAAGGCCUGGAAGAGUGGUGUAGAGUUCUACCUAAUGAUGCAUGACAACAUGGAUUUGUGUUUUACUGAUAUAGAGCCUUAUGGAGUAGAUGCAACUAGCUCAUCCGAUGACAAGAAAUAUUAUCGAGACUGGCAUAGGUCUAAUUAUAGGGCUAAGAAUGUAAUGAGAACUACCAUGUCUGAUACUGUGAGGGGUAGUAUUGAAGAGCCUGUUUUGGCAGUUGACUAUAUGGAAGCAAUAGCUGAAAAAUUCAAGGAAAGCAAUAAGGCAGAGGCAGCUAGACUUUCCAAGGAGAUGAAUGAGUUGAAGUAUACUGGUAGUGGGGGUGUUAGGCAGCAUAUCUUGAAGCUCACUGAGCUUAACACUAGGCUCAGGGAUUUAGAUCUGGGAGUCAAGGAUGACCAACUUGUCCACAAUGCCUUAGAUUCUCUACCAUCUAGCUUCAAUACCUUAAGAACUAGCUACAAUGCACAGAAGGAGAGCUGGACCUUGAAUGAGCUUAUAGCUAUUUGA